AUGACAAAAAAAUUGGUGAUAAAAAAACAAUCUGCUGAUGUUGAUAAUAAUGAAAAAAUUGAAAAUGAUGAAAAAACCAUUCAAAUUCCUAUGCAGCCCAUUCGAAUUUUUAUAUAUUAUCAUAGAAAUUACGCAGUAAAUGCUACCAAAAAUGACACCGUUUUGGAAUUGAAAAAGAAAAUUCGAUCAAUGCUUGACAUUAAUAUCAAAAAGAUAAGCCUUAGUUUUUCUAGAGGUUCUUUUGAUUAUUUUGUCCUGACUAAUGAUUAUUUAGACCCUAGAUUUGAUAAUGAUUUUACAUAUCAACGAGAUGGACCGACCCUUACACGUGGAAAUGAACCAUACAAACCACCUUACGGGUGGAAAAGAAUUGCAAUUAGUAUUAAAAAGUAUGGUGAUAAUACAUGGAUAGGAACUGAUAAAAAUAGUUGGCCAGUCUCUUUUCAUGGUACCCGUAAAGAUGCGGCUGAGAAUAUCGCUAAAGAUGGGUUUGAUCUUUCAAAAGGAAAACGUUUUAAGUAUGGAAAAGGAAUUUAUUCAACACCUGAUGUUAGAGAAGCUGAAUGUUAUGCUACGUCAUUUUCUUAUCAGAAUUGUAAUUAUAAGGUCAUUUUUCAGAAUAGGGUUAAUCCCAAUGACUUAAAAAAGGCGAAUAAUGACACAUAUUGGAUUACAGCAAAUGAUAAAAAUAUUAGACCAUAUG